AUGGGUGGUGACUUUUCAGGAAAGAACCAAGAUUGUUCUAAAGGAAUAUAUGCACUUGCAGCUCGAGAUGUCUUUUUAAUGCUAAAGAAACCAAACUAUAAGAAGUUAGAACUUCAAGUAUAUGCAACAUUUUUUGAGAUCUACAGUGGUAAGGUUUUUGACUUGUUGAACAGGAAGACAAAAUUAAGAGUGUUAGAAGAUGGUAAACAGCAAGUCCAGGUGGUGGGAUUACAGGAACGGGAAGUCAAAUGUGUUGAAGAUGUUCUUAAGCUUAUUGAAAUAGGCAACAGCUGCAGGACAUCUGGCCAGACAUCUGCAAAUGCACACUCAUCUCGAAGCCAUGCAGUGUUUCAGAUUAUUCUCAGAAGGAAAGGGAAAUUGCAUGGUAAAUUUUCUCUGAUUGAUUUGGCUGGCAAUGAAAGAGGAGCAGAUACUUCCAGUGCAGAUAGGCAGACGCGACUGGAAGGUGCAGAAAUUAACAAGAGCCUUUUAGCACUCAAGGAGUGCAUUAGAGCCUUAGGCCGAAAUAAACCUCAUACACCCUUCAGAGCAAGUAAACUUACUCAGGUGCUACGAGAUUCAUUCAUAGGAGAAAACUCCCGUACCUGUAUGAUUGCUACAAUUUCUCCGGGGAUGGCAUCAUGUGAAAACACUCUAAAUACAUUGAGAUACGCAAAUAGAGUAAAGGAAUUUGGAAUUAGUCCUUCGGACAUUCCCUUCUCACAGGGUAGUGGCAGUCGCUCUGAUCUCUCUCCUUCCUAUGAGUAUGACGACUUUUCUCCUUCAAUCACCAGGGUGAAGGAGCUGACAGUUGAUCCUAGUUCUGCGGGAGAUAUCCGACCCAUUAUGCACCACACUCCCAAUCAGAUCGACGACUUGGAGACACAGUGGGGUGUGGGAAGCUCUCCCCAGAGAGAUGAUCUCAAACUGCUUUGUGAACAAAAUGAAGAGGAAGUUUCUCCUCAGUUGUUUACUUUUCAUGAAGCUGUGUCACAAAUGGUAGAAAUGGAAGAGCAAGUAGUAGAAGACCACAGGGCUGUCUUCCAGGAAUCUAUUAGAUGGCUGGAAGAUGAAAAAGCUCUUCUUGAGAUGACAGAAGAAGUAGACUAUGAUGUGGAUUCUUACGCUACCCAACUUGAAGCAAUUCUAGAGCAAAAAAUUGAUAUUCUGACCGAACUUCGAGAUAAAGUGAAAUCUUUCCGAGCAGCUCUACAAGAGGAGGAACAGGCCAGUAAACAGAUCAACCCGAAAAGACCACGUGCCCUUUGAAACGGGCCUUUGCUGCUAAAGGAAUCCACAAACCCGUACUGCUGUAGCACACAUUUGUUACAAAACCCAGUGGCCGUAAGAACUCAACUACUUGAAAGUGUAAAAACGUUAGAAAUGUCUGUGGAGAUGUCCUGUUUCUCAUUCAAUUGAAUGACAUUUUCAGUUUUGUGUGAAAUGCUCCUAUGAUGUCUACAAAAUGCUUCUAGACCAGACAGCACAACCAUGCAGGGUUCAGAUCUGUGAAGCACUUUGUUUAAAAUAUUUCAUUUAUUCAAAUUGUGAAUUUUAUGUUUGGAAGUAUUUGCCAUGUUUUUAAUAAUGAAGUACAACUGUGGCCAUUAAAAAGUCACAGUGUUUCCUCUUGACUAUGUUCAGUUUUGUUACAAAGACCAGCUGUGCAGUUUUAAAUUGUGUUUGCGUGCAUGCACACCUCACUAGUGGUUGUACAUAACUUCUCUUCUACAAACAGCUGUGCUUACCUCUUCCCAUUCUGUGCCUUGAUGAAGGCUACUUAACCCUAAAGCAUCCUCCUUCUGAAGCACAGCCUUAAAAAACAACAUUCCUUAAUUGUCAAUAUAAGUUACUUCUGAAAGUGUGUGUACAUUUUUAAUGUGUUUUAAGACUUUUUUUGGUGACUAGUCUCAUUUCACAGGAUGUGCCAAUCAUUUGAACAGCAACUGCAAGAGCUGCUAGAGUGGACAAAUAGCUGGACAUUCCAUCCUCCUUGUAAAAAUCUGGAAUCUAGAUUUAUUUGAAUACCAUAAAGAAUGGCUAUAUAAUUCUAACAUUUUUCUCUGUAAUAAUAAAAAAAAACCACAACAGAACAAAAAUGCAAAAAUAUAA